CAUUUUUUAAUCCUUUUCAGGCUUGUUGAGUAUUUUUGGUAAAACGUGUCUAAGAUGAGUAAUAUUCACUUGUGCCGCAAUGUGACAGCUGCGGAAAUUAAUAAUACUACGUACAAUGCUAACACAAUCGGAGCUCUCUUGGCAGCGUAUCGUUCAACGAUCAUGCACUCACCAAAAGUGCAGAAUAUGGAAUCGGAGGCGGUGUGCGGCCUAAUUCAAAGAGACUUGCAGAAGGGGGACAAGGCGUACGCAUUAAUUACGCCUAACAAGUUAAGGCCCAAUCAACUGGAUAGCUUCAUUGAAGUCUUGAAGACUCUAAUUCUUUCAUGCAUGAAGAAAAACAAAUGGGUGGAGUUAUGCCGAGUGCUUUACAAAGAAGAAAAUGAAACGGGAUGUGAAACUGUAAUAGGACAAGGUGAUGAUAGACGACCUCCUGCAGUCCAUUCAGUACCUCCUGAUUCCAUUCCUGGAGAGCUACAACCAACAAACAACACUGCUGUGGAAAGCUUGGGAUAUACACAAGUUCCACUUUAUGUUCCUGAGGUUGCUGAUGUAACCCCACCCCUGGAAUUGCCUCAACCUGACGGAGAUGAACAUUCAUCACAAUUUGUGGAAGCAGACAAAAACCCAACUGAUUCAGAUGCAUUGCUUGAAGAUGGAGUGGAAGAGCAACCAAGUUUGCUUGAAGAUGGAGUGGAAGAGCAACCAAGUUUGCUUGAAGAUGGAGUGGAAGAGCAACCAAGUUUGGAAGGUUCAAAUACACGACAAGCAUUGCUUGAAGAUGGAGUGGAAGAUCAACCAAGUUUAGAAGGUUCAAAUACAAGACAACACAUUGGUAUUCAAACGAAACUCCCAAUUGCUGAUGAGGGAGAGUGCAAGGGAUGCAGUGCAGGGAAGGAACUUGUUGAAUUCUGUUACACACACAGAUUGGAUUAUUGCAACGUCAACAUGCUGAAGCUGCUGCUGCAUGCAUGCUUCACAAAUUCAAGCAGUGAAGGGCCUAAUUGUAAGAAAUGUGAGAAGGUCUUGGAGUUAGUACAUAACAUUGAAGAAAUGCAGCUUAAGGGAAUUCAAGAUGAUGCAUUGUAUGAAGUUGCAAAGAAAGCAAAGAAAAUAAUAAGGGCAUCCAUGAAGAAAAGUACAAAAGCUACAGUCCAAAAAAGAAAAUACAUCCGGAAAAACAAGUGUCCUUCCAAGAAAACACCAAAGCAUGAUAAGAAGACACUUGGCCCUGUUGCAAGCAUGUAUGGCAGGUUUGCAGAAGUUGAUGAUGAAGGAGUAAACAAUGAGUGGAGGACGAAAAUGUCAUCAUGCAUUUUUGAUGUUGGCUGCACCUCAUGGCUGCGAUUAGAACACAAUAAAGCCCGCCUAUCAUCCUGGAUUAUCCCUAUGAGGUGCGUUUCUGGGGCAUUCAAGUCUACACAGUUGCAGUUCCCAAAGUACACGUACCAAGGAAGCCUGUGGGUGGAGGACAUCAGUAAUGAAGAAAAGGUUUCCAUAGCAAUGGGCGAGGCCCCUAAUGAAAUUAUUGGGAAGGGCAUUUUCUACAACAUCCUCGCAAGAUCACUCUUUCCAGCUGAUUCAUGUGGUGCAAUUUUAAAGUACGGCACGUAUUCAGGCACCUCAUCUGCCAAGAAAAAUAGAAGUACAUCGGCCGGUUCCAGUGAUGAGGAGGAUGUUCAAAACAAAGAAUUGCAAGAAAGUCCAUUCGUAAACUUCCGUUUUGACUGCAUGUUUUCACUAUCACCAGAUGGCAAAAGGUCACCGUUUGUUCCUGGUUUAAUGCGUUCUAUACUAACCGAUGAGGUCCGGAAGCUAAAAAAUUUGCGAGACAAAAAAUUGAUGGAAGUGAUGAAAGACAUCAAGAAAGAUGCCUCCUCAUUUUCAACAAAACCAAACAUUGGCAUUGUGACGUUCAAGAAAUGGAUAAAAACGUGCUACGAGAAACAAAUGAGGACAAUCAUUGGGAACUACAUGCAAGAAAUGGAUUGUGUUUCCGAAGAAUUUCAGAGCUUCAGACCACUCAACAAACUAGUGGGAUUCAUGGCUCUCAUGGAGGAAGUUUGGAAUAAGUUCCCAACUCGAAAGGAGACAAACCCUGAUGGAAAAUUGAAGGACAUUGGGCUACUGCGUUUGGAGAAAACGGGUGCUCAGCAGAACCACCCGUAUGCCGAAACGGGUGGUUCAGCAGGUGAUCACCCGUUUUUUUUUUACCCAGUACCAGUUUCACAAAACGGGUGGCCUCUACCCGCGUAUGACGGGUCUUUGACGGGUGGGAAUAUGGAGCUGAAAUCAAUGACAGCAUCAGGAGGAUCUGGUAUGAUGAGAGUCAAGAGAGACAAGCAAAGGAUUGCAGAUAAGGAGAUCCAGGGGAGAAAUAAUUAUGGUGCA